GCACUUGUAAAUAUUACUUUGUGAGGCCAUACCACCUGUAGCCCACCAGCGGUAUGGGGCCACAAAUCCAUAUGGGGCCAUUUUGCUGGGCCCCACAACGUUUAGUGCUUUAGCGUGCAUCAGGAGCCUACCCUGAUGCUCCUCAUGCUUUUUUCUCACUUUGUCCAGGAAGUGACCAAGAGUGGAAAUGUGUGUGUGAAGUGUGUGUGCUCUCUGCCCCCCUGGAGGUGGGAGGAUGCCAUUGCAGCCACACACACACUUCCGGAAGUGUGUGUGAUAUUAGCCAAUAAUGUUCAAGACUAUUAAGCGUCAUAGUCUCGCGGGAUUUUACGGGAUUUGUUUGAGAGCUACUGUAAACACGGCUAAUACUGACAACACAGACCGAUGCUGUAACAACUGAACCUCAAAUGAUUAAGAGCAAUGACAUCCAAAAGGAAGGCCCGGAUAAAGCCUGUUGAAGAUGCAAUCUCAUAUAUUCUGUCAGCUGGAGACAAGCCAUGGUUUGCAGUGAGAUUUAUCAAUAAUAUCAAAGGAAGAGGAGUGUUUGCUACCGAACCAAUCGAGCAAGGUUCUUUUGUGUUGGAGUACAGGGGUGAAUUCAUAUCAGCAGAAGAAUGCAGAUCAAGGAACUACUCAGAGACACAGAGUACAUUUCUGUAUGACUUUGAUUGGCAGAAACGCCAGUGGUGUAUUGAUGCAUCAAAGGAAGACGGCUCCCUUGGAAGAUUAGUGAACGACGACCACAAAUCUCCGAACUGCGUCAUGAAAAAGGUUAUAGUGAACAACAGGCCCCAUUUGUGUCUGUUUGCUGUGAGGAACAUCGAAGUAGGGACUGAACUUGAUUACAACUAUGGUGAUUCAAAAUGGCCAUGGCGUCAAAAGGCUCCAGCAGCAGAAGAAGAGAUGGCUGUUGAUCUGUCCUCCAAGGUUUAUGGUGAAGAUGAUGAUGAUGAUGCUGGUGAAGAUGAUGCCCCAAAGGUAAUGGAAAAAAUGAAUGUGAUUGAGUUCUUCAUAAAGUGCACUGAUAACUUGACACAUUAGAUUCUAUUUGAUCUCCAUUUAGCUAACUGGUUUCACACACACGAGGUUCAGGUCAUGUCUUAAUGGGGCCCUGUUAGAUACUCUUCCUUCAAAAGGGUUUUCUAACUUUUCUCUUCCACACACACACACCAAGUUUCAGUUCAUGUCCUUACUGGGGCCCUCCGUAUGGACCCUUCUAUAAGUGAUUGUUAACCUACAGGACAACACUUCUCUGCAUCCAAACUUAAGUAUUUACAAUAACAAUAAUGCACUUUCUGAGCUGCUGCAUGAUGAAGAAAAUAUUUUGAAGUGAGAUCUCUUUUUAGGCCUCUGUUGGGAUGUUAAGAUAGGGAGACUUCUAAGAGUGACCCUCGUGGGGCCCUGGAUUAUAAUACCUUUAUGAUCUAUAAGUAUUUCCCAACUCAUGCUUCCUGUCAGAGCUGACUGUCUUCUUCUUUUAUGUCUAAACACUACGUGACAUCCAAGCAGGCUCCAGCAGCAGAAGAAGAGAUGGCUGUUGAUCUGUCCUCCAAGGUUUAUGGUGAAGAUGAUGAUGAUGCUGGUGAAGAUGAUGCCCCAAAGGAAUUUGCUAUCAGAGGAUCAUGCCUGGUGGAUUAUUCUGACACUGAUGGAACCGAUGAGGAUUGUUUAAAUGAUCAGCCAUUGGCUCCACGCUGUGAUGAAGGUGUUCCAAAGUUGAGAAGGACGAAAAGCAUUUGGAUGAAAAAAGUUCCAGAUUUUUCUGAUGCCCUCUACGACAGUGAUGACAGUACAGAGGGCCCUUCAGCUCAGUCCAAGUCUGAGAUGGCUUUACAAAGAAUGCAUACAUUAGAAGAUUUCUGUCAACCUGUCAGUGAUUCAGAUGAGAGUAUUGUGGAAGAAACCGAUUUUGAGGAUUCCACAAAGGAUGAUUCCACUGAGCAAUCAGACAUUGAAGUUCUUCCAAAGCUGUGGACAAAAAUCAUUCAGAUGAAAAACGUACCAGAUUAUUCUGAUGCCCUCUAUCAUUCAAGUGAUGACAGUGCAGAGGAUCCAUCUACUUGGUCUAAGUCUGAGAUGUCUUCACAAAGGCGAAGGAGAAGCUGCUUCCGUCCUAGGCUGUUGAAAUUGAAGAUUGUUCACAAGAGGAUAUCGAAGAUGCAAGUAUGGCAGAAGAUCAGGGUUCAGAAGAUGAGACCAUCACCACACCAUCACAAGAAAGCCCCCUUGCCAAAAACCAGAGGAGGAAGUUUGCUAAAAAGAGAGAUGCCAGUAUACCAGAAGCUCAGGAAUCAGAAGACGAGGACAGCACCGCAUCCCUACAAGAGAGGACCUCUACAGAAAACCAGAGGAGGUUUUCAAAAAAGAGAGGUAAACAAACUGUUGUUAAAAGAACCUGGACAACAGAAGAAUGUGCUGCAGUAGAACGUCAUUUAAAGAAAUCAAUUCUGAUGAACCAAGUCCCAGGGAAGGAGGACUGUCAGCGCUGCAUCACUGCAGAACCUGAAGCCCUGAAGAAUCGAGACUGGAGGGCAGUGAAAUACUUUGUUAAAAAUCGAAUUUCUUCUCUGCG